AUGCUGUCCGCGACGAGGAACCGCAGCGUCAGCGAGUUCAUCCUCCUCGGGCUGUCCGGUGACGCGCAGGUCCAGGCCCUGCUCUUCGCGCUCUUCCUGCUGGUUUACCUUCUGACCCUCGCGGGGAACCUGCUGCUGCUGCUGGUGGUCAGGAUGGACCCCCACCUCCACACCCCCAUGUACUUUUUUCUGGGGCAACUGUCCUUCCUAGACCUCUGCCACUCCUCCGUCACAGUGCCCAAGCUGCUGGAGAACCUCUUGUCCACCAAGAAGACCAUCUCGGUGGAGGGCUGCCUGGCUCAGGUCUUCUUCGUGUUCGCCACCGGAGGCACGGAGUCCUGCCUGCUGGCCGCCAUGGCCUACGACCGCUACGUGGCCAUCAGCUCCCCGCUGCUCUACGGCCAGGUGAUGAACAGACAGGCGUGCGCCGGGCUGGUGUGGGGCUCGUGGAGCCUGGCUUUUCUGGAUGCCCUCAUCAACAUCCUCGUCGCUUUGAACUUAGAUUUCUGCGAGGCUCAGCAGAUCCACCACUUCAGCUGCGAGCUGCCCUCUCUCUAUCCUCUGUCUUGCUCUGACGUGUCUGCAAGCUUCACCACCCUCCUCUGCUCCAGCUUCAUCCACUUCUUUGGGAACUUCCUCCUGAUCCUCUUCUCCUAUGCUCGCAUCUUGCUCACCAUCCUGGCCAUCAGCUCUGCUUCAGGGAGGAGCAAGGCCUUUUCUACCUGUUCGGCACACCUCACCGCGGUGACCUUCUUUUACGGCUCCGGAUUGCUCCGCUAUCUUAUGCCAAACUCAGGGAGCAUCCAAGAGCUCGUCUUCUCCUUGCAGUACAGUGUCCUCACCCCCAUGCUGAACCCCCUCAUCUACAGCCUGAAGAACAAGGAGGUGAAGGCAGGUUUGAGAAGAAUGCUGAGAAAAUAUUUGUAG